CAUAUAGGAGGUGCAUGUAGAGCCACAAGAACAGUCUCUAUUGCCAGCAAAACACCAAAAAGCUGUGGGUAGCAAGAAUCAUGUGAUCUGCCCCUCCUCCUCCUCCUCCUUUUCCUCUCUCUCUCUCUCUCUCUCUCUCUCACUUGCUUUCUCUUGGUGUUUUUGGGCAAGAACAUGGCAUCAACAGUCUCAAGAUUCAUCAAGUGUGUCACUGUUGGGGAUGGAGCAGUUGGGAAGACCUGCAUGCUCAUCUGCUACACCAGCAACAAGUUCCCAACUGAUUACAUACCCACUGUGUUCGAUAACUUCAGCGCCAACGUUGUUGCAGAAGGGAUCACUGUGAAUCUGGGCCUCUGGGAUACUGCUGGGCAGGAGGAUUACAACAGAUUGAGGCCAUUAAGCUAUCGAGGAGCAGAUGUAUUUGUGCUGGCUUUCUCGUUGGUGAGCCGGGCGAGCUAUGAGAAUGUUCUGAAGAAGUGGAUACCUGAGCUUCAUCAUUAUGCUCCUGGAGUUCCUGUUGUCCUGGUUGGGACUAAGUUGGAUCUUCGUGAAGAUAAGUACUAUUUGGCAGAUCAUCCUGGUGUGGUGCCUGUUACUACUGCACAGGGAGAGGAACUCCGUAAGCAGAUCGGCGCUGCAUAUUACAUAGAAUGCAGCUCAAAAACUCAACAGAAUGUCAAGGCAGUUUUCGAUGCUGCCAUCAAAGUCGUUAUUCAGCCUCCCACAAAAAGAAAAGACAAGAAGAAGAAAAAGUCACGACAUGGGUGUUUGAUAUUAUCAUGAUGGCAGGGACCAAAUGAAGAAAGGUAGAAUAAAGAGAAGACCAUGGUUAUCAGACUUAAGUGGUGCUUAUGAUGAUUAAACAGAAGACCUUUAUCUCAAUCUGUUCAAUGGAGAAGUAGGCAGAGAAAAAAACUUCAAAGCAAAGAUUACUAGAUAACAGACAUCUUUGCAGCACAUUUGAGCCUUCAUCAACUCCCGUCAAUGCUGUGCGAUGAAUUCAUGCUACAUAUAGAUCCCUCACUUGGAACACAAGUACUCUUUCUAUUAACUCUAAGCUGGUCUGUUGCCGACUCCUUCAUAGGAUUCCCGACUUGGAAACAAGAAAUAGUGGAGGUUACCUGAGGCAGAUGCAUAAACCUUCUGUCAACAAAGUUUCAAGUGUCUGUAAGUUUGUGGCCA